AUGGAAGCGGAGCCGGGGGCCCCGGGCAGCUCCCGCCGGCCGCCGCUGCUCGGCUUUCUCCUGCUGCUGGGUGCUACAGGUACAAGAGCCACCAUCAUCUUUACCAAGGAGCCUUCCUCCCAGGAUGCACUGCAGGGGCGCCGGGCACUACUGCGUUGUGAGGUGGAGUCCCCGGGCCAUGUGCACAUUCACUGGCUGCUCAAUGGGGUCCCCAUCCAAGACUCAGAACGACGCUUUACCAAGGGGAACAACCUGAGCUUUGCGGCUGUGGACCGACUGCAGGAUGCGGGCGCCUUUCAGUGUGUGGCUCGGAAUAAUGUCACGGGUGAAGAGGCCCACAGCGCCAGUGCCUCCUUCAACAUCAAAUGGAUUGAGACCGGGCCUGUCAUCCUAAAGCAUCCGGCCUCACUGGCAGAGAUUCAGCCCCAGACACUGGUCACUCUGCGUUGUCACAUUGAUGGACAUCCCCGCCCAACGUACCAGUGGUUCCGGGAUAGGAAUCCCCUCUCUGACAGUCAGGGCAACUACUCGGUCAGCAGCAAAGAGAGAAACUUGACCCUGCGUCGUGCCAGCCCUGAGCACAGUGGUGUUUACAGCUGUUGCGCCCACAAUUCCUUUGGCCACAUCUGCAGCAACCAGAACAUCACCCUAAGCAUUGCUGAUGAGAGCUUUGCACGUCCGUUGGUGGUACCCCAGGACCAGGUGGUGGGGAAGAGUGAGGAUGCUAUGUUCCAUUGCCAGUUCACGGCUCAGCCACCUCCCACCCUGCAGUGGUUCUUUGAGGACGACUCCCCCAUCACCAACCGUAGUCGGAUUCCUCACCUCCGGCGGGCCACAGUAUUUUUCAACGGCUCUUUGUUGCUGACGCAGGUCCGACCACGUAAUGCUGGGGUAUACCGAUGUGUGGGCCGUGGCCAGAGGGGUCCACCUGUUGUCCUAGAGGCCACUCUUCACCUAGAAGAGAUUGAAGACAUGCCACCUUUCCAGCCUCGAGUGUUCACAGUGGGCAGAGAGGAGCGGGUUGCCUGCAUUGCUCCCCAGGGUGUGCCGGAGCCCCACGUGUGGUGGGAGCGGGCUGGGACCCGGGUGCCCCACCAUGGCAAGGUCUACCAAGAAGGUUAUGUGCUGGUCUUUGCCAAUACAACCGAGAGUGAUGCUGGCACCUAUACCUGCUAUGCAGCCAACCAGGCUGGCCAGCGGCAUCAGGAGGUCAACAUCACUGUGGCCACACUACCCAGAUGGCUGAAAAAGCCCCAGGACAGCCAGCUAGAAGAAGGCAAGCCGGGUUACCUGCACUGCCUGAGUCAGGCCACACCUAAACCCACUGUCGUCUGGUACCGGAACCAGAUGCUCAUCUCUGAGGAUUCAAGGUUCGAGAUUUCAGAGAAUGGGACUCUUCGAAUCAACAACGUGGAGGUUUAUGACGGGAAUUUGUACCGAUGUGUCAGCAGCACCCCCGCAGGCAGCAUUGAGGCCCAGGCCCGAGUCCAGGUCCUGGAGAAACUAAAGUUCACGCCGCCUCCCCAGCCUCAGCAGUGCAUGGAGUUUGACAAAGAAGCUACAGUGUCAUGCUCGGCCACGGGCCGGGAAAAGCCCACAAUUCGAUGGAUGCGGGCAGAUGGGAGCAGCCUCCCAGACAGUGUGACAGACAAUGCAGGAACCCUGCACUUCUCCAGGGUAACCAGGAGCGACGCUGGCAACUAUACCUGCAUCGCCUCUAAUGAGCCUCAAGGCCAGAUCAGUGCCCACGUGCAGCUCACUGUGGCAGUUUUCAUCACUUUCAAGCGAGAGCCUGAGCGUACAACAGUCUAUCAGGGCCACACGGCUAUGCUGCAGUGUGAGGCCCAAGGUGACCCUGACCCCCUCAUCCAGUGGAAGGGCAAAGACAGAAUCCUGGAUCCUGCUCAGCUUGGACCCAGGAUGCAUAUCUUCUCAAAUGGCUCCCUAGUCAUCCAUGAUGUCACCUCAGAGGAUUCAGGCCGCUAUACCUGCAUCGCUGGCAAUAGCUGUAAUAUCAAGCACACAGAGGCUUCGCUCCAUGUUGUGGAUAAGCCAGUACUGGAUACCUCAGAGGGUCCUGGCAGCCCCCCGCCAUAUAAAAUGAUUCAGACCAUUGGGCUGUCGGUGGGGGCUGCAGUGGCCUAUAUCAUUGCUGUGCUGGGCCUCAUGUUCUACUGCAAAAAGCGUUGCAAGGCCAAAAGGCUUCAGAAACAGCCAGAGGGUGAGGAGCCUGAGAUGGAGUGCCUCAAUGGUGGACCCGUGCAGAAUGGGCAGCCCACAGCAGAAAUCCGAGAAGAAGUAGCUCUGACCAACCUGGGCUCUGGCUCUUCAGCCGCCAACAAGCGGCACAGUACCAGUGAUAAGAUGCAUUUUCCCCGUGCCAACUUGCAGUCCAUCACCACCCUGGGGAAGAGCGAGUUUGGGGAUGUGUUCUUGGCAAAGGCCCAAGGCCUGGAAGAUGGGGUGGCCGAGACGCUGGUGCUGGUGAAGAGCCUUCAGAGCCGGGACGAACAGCUGCAGCUGAACUUCCGGCGAGAAUUUGAGAUGUUUGGCAAGCUGAGUCACGCCAACCUGGUGCGGCUGUUAGGCCUCUGCCGGGAGGCCGAGCCCCACUACAUGAUCCUGGAGUAUGUGGACCUGGGGGACCUGAAACAGUUCCUGAGGAUCUCCAAGAGCAAGGAUGAGAAGCUGAAGCCACAGCCCCUCAGCACCAAACAGAAGGUGUCCCUCUGUACCCAGGUGGCCUUGGGUAUGGAACAUCUCUCCAACAGUAGGUUUGUACACAAGGACCUGGCUGCCCGAAACUGCCUCAUCAGUGCCCAGAGACAAGUGAAGGUGUCCUCACUGGGCCUCAGCAAGGAUGUCUACAACAGUGAAUAUUACCACUUCCGUCAAGCCUGGAUCCCGCUGCGCUGGAUGCCCCCAGAAGCUGUCCUGGAGGGUGACUUCUCUACAAAGUCAGAUGUCUGGGCCUUUGGGGUGCUGAUGUGGGAGGUGUUUACCCACGGCGAGAUGCCCCAUGGUGGGCAGGCUAACGACGAGGUGCUGGCAGACCUACAGGCGGGAAAGGCGCAGCUCCAGCAGCCUGAGGGCUGUCCUUCCAAGUUGUACCGGCUGAUGCAGCGCUGCUGGGCUCCCAGCCCCAAAGAUCGGCCGUCUUUCAGUGAGAUCGCUAACGUGCUCGGAGAGAGCUCUGCUGAUGGAAAGCCGUGAGGAGGGAGUCCCGGGGCAGGCUGUGUCCCAGGAUGGGCGAGGGACGGGGGGAAGCCCAGCAGGGAGUGCCAGCUGCUCCCAUGGACCUCGCGGCAGGUUGGGCAUGGCUUCCCUCUCCCCUUCUGCUCUUGGGCUCCUUGACCUGGCAUGGACAGGUAGACCUGAGCCUGGGCAGAGCCUGGGCUUUCCUCCCUGUCUCCCCCAACUCAGUCCCUUGCAUUUGCUCCUUUGACCCUUGUAUUGGCUGGGUCACUGGGACCUGGGGGCUGGGCAUCUUGUCCCCCCCCUUACCAGGAGCAGCAUUGGCACCUCAGGUAAUACUAAUGAGCAGCAUAGGCCUUCUCUGUGCUCUGGGCACCUAGCCCUACCACUUAACCUGCCGACUUCCCCGGAUGUCAGGCCAGGUCAGGUCCUGGGACUUUUCCUAAGGUACCAAGACUAAGCAUCAGGGCUAGAUUGGUGACAGUCUAGGAGUCUUCAGGUGCCUGAGUGAGUGAGGCACAUGGGGACUGCCUCAGGAUUCGGAGGGGGACAUUCCUGAGUGUGUACCUGCCUUGAAUGCCCCAGGGGUCUGGUCUUUGUGCCUGGCCUACUCCUGUUACCCUCUGCUCUGCCUUCCCUCUCUCCUUUCCCCUUACUAAGUGCCUGGCAGAUGAAGGAGUUUUUCAGGAGCUUUUGACACUAUAUUUACUGCCCCUUUUGUAUGCACCAUGGGCGAGUUUUGUACUUAACUUCAGGUGGGGUUUGU